CGCAACCCUUUCUUCCCUUUCCGGUUUUCCCUUCGUCUUCGCAGCGGUGUCUCGCGGGAUUCGGCUCCGAAGAAGGCGAGCAUGGCGGCUACCUGCGCGAAGACGGCGGGUCUUCGGCUCGCUUCUGCUUCCGCUAGAACGCUCUUGACCCGUUCGCCAUCGUCUUCUUCUUCUUCUUCGCCUAGCUUGUCCUCGGCGGCGAGUAAGCUCGGCGGUCUGUCUUGUGCGGCGCCGGUCCCUUCCUCCUCGCGUUUCUUCACUGCCCGACGGGUCGCCCUCUCGAGGCUUCCUGUGGAGUUGGGCGGUGCGUUGUCGAUGAUGCCAUUGCACAGCGUCACGGCGUCUGCUUUGUUCACUUCGUUGCUGUGUUUGAGUAAUCACAGCUGGGGUUGUCUAUCUGAAGGUUUUGCUACCCCUCUAUAACAUGGCAGCGUAUUUUUCUUCUUCCGAGUUUCAUCAGGUUCAGGGGCUUUAAGACUGUCAAUUUUGCUUAAAGAUGUUUACUUGUGUCAUUAGUAUCCAGCCUUCUCAGAUUGCAACGGUAAUAAUCACAUACAUAUCCCGUCACUACGCCUGUUUUGACUUUUGAGCACUUCUACGGGAUAACUUGAGAGAUGGGAAAAAAAGCAUGCCAAAUUUAUUUUGCUCAGAGGGUUUAGUUUUUCCAAUAUCAUUUUGUGCUUCCAAAAUAUCGAUAGUGCUUGGUCCUUUUCA